AUGUAGGCUUAUUAAUAAGAAAGGUGUUCUGUAGAAAAAAACUUUGAGCUUCAAGCUAUUCAAGCAAAUUUACAAUAAACUAUAACUCUCUACUAUUCUGACAGGAUCUUAUAAGUAUCUGUAGUAUUUAUAUUACCUUUAUGUUCUAGAGAAAUCAAAUUAAUUACAUGCCAAAUUUAAAAUAAUAAUAAAGCUUCUAAUUUGAUCUUGAUUAUUGUAGAAUAAUAUUCAGUCUAAGGAGCUGUAAAAGCGAAACAUUUUUUAGGUUUCAAGCUAAGAAUUAUGACAUAGCUUCUUACACUAGUUGCGCAGAGCAAAUAUUUUCUAUUUCAAAAAUACUUUCAGUAAAUCAAAAUAUUGCUGAAUCUUCAGCUUUUUAUUGUUCAGUUUGCAAAUACCCUUAGUAAUUGCACAAUCCACAGGCACAGUGACUCAAGGGAGCUAGCGAUACUUACGCACAAUGAUAUUGUUAAGAGAUAAUAGAGCGAUAGAUGGGAAAAAGGACGGGGCGGGGAGAAAAUUUUUUAAAACUUCACUUAUGAAAAUCUUAGAAUUAUUAUUCAGAAAAUAAAUAAAGUGGUAGGGUAAAUUUUAUUUCGUAUGGUGGAAAAUAAAUAAAUUACUCAAUGCGAUUGA